CCGGAAACAUACACGUACAGGCAGCCGGCCUACGUCAUGGCGGCCGGAUGCUUUCUCAGGGCCACCCGAAUCUGGGCCAGCUGGCGGCCCCGGGAGCUCCCGAACCCCGCCAAUCCUGGGGGGCUCCUUGUACGGGGUUAUGCCAAGAGACCGGUCAUUAAAGGGGGCAAGGGUGGUAAAGGCGGUGUGGCCGCUGAGGCCCUGAAGGACCCAGAGGUGUGCACAGACCCUGUCCGGCUUACCACACAUGCCAUGGGUGUCAACAUCUACAAGGAGGGCCAGGAUGUGGUCCUGAAGCCAGAUGCUGAGUACCCUGAGUGGCUGUUCCAGAUGAAUUUGGGACCCCCCAAGAAGCUGGAGGAGCUGGACCCUGAGACCCGAGAGUACUGGAGGCUGCUGCGGAAACAAAACAUCUGGCGGCACAACAGGCUGAGCAAGAACCAGAAGUUGUAGUGGGAGAGAGCCCGGAAUACCCUGACCUGCCUGGGGCCUCGCCUGCUCCCACGGAGGACUUUAUUUUCCUGGAGAAAACAGACUUUUCUGAGGACAGAGGAGGCCCCUCACCUGGGUUCCCGUGUUGCCCCCACAGCAAAACUAGAUUAGGGCCACAGGACAAAUAAAGACCUUUUGGGGCUGUGCUUGUAGGCCCUGGAUGCCACUGGUAUUGUCUGAUGUCGGGGCAGAAGGGGGUAAGGCGGAGAUAGGCAGCCAGAUCCGCUGGAUCC